CAACAAGACUAUAUUUGUCUCUUUCUCUCUUGAGUUGAACAAUUGUUCUCUCGACUCACGUAGUGAUGGCGGGAUACGGGCGGUUGUUCACACUUUAUGGUAAUGUUGAGUUAAUAUCGACGUUAACAUUGAGCUCCGUCGAUCAGAAGCUCGCUGCUGGCUAAGGGAAAUCGAAAAACUUGGACUUAUCUUAAAAACUUCUCCUUCAGCUCGUAGAAAUGAACUCCAAUAAAUCCUAAUUGCAUAACUCUUUCUAAAGACAUUUGAGUAAUUUUUUUUGCAUUUUUUUCUACCUCAGCCGAUCAAACAGGGCUCAGCAAAAAGUCACAUUGCGACGGGACGAAUGACAAAUGGCGCAGUCUCCGAUCAGCUGAUAGCAUCAUCCUCUCAUCGCAUUCCAUCACCUGUCAAAAUACUCACCCUGUUUAUCAUAGAAUCCCUGAUAAGCCCCCAACAAAAUGUCAAUUCGGGAUCCCGAUGAUCUGUUAACCUACGGAGACGAGCACUUUGAUUUUCUUUUCAAAAUUGUUUUGAUUGGGGACUGUGGCACAGGGAAAACGUGCGUUGUGCAAAGAUUCAGGGCUGGGACAUUUAUAGAACGUCAUGGGAAUACUAUUGGCGUUGAUUUUUCAAUGAAAACAGUUCUCAUUAACGGAAAGAAGGUCAAGUUGCAAAUUUGGGAUACUGCAGGUCAGGAACGAUUUCGAACAAUUACCCAGAGUUAUUACAGGUCAGCCAAUGGUAUAAUCCUGGUCUACGAUAUCACGAAGCGAUCCAGCUUCCUCAGUGUUCAGAAGUGGAUCGAGGAAGUGCGACGAUACACGUCUUCCAGUGUUAUGUUAAUACUAGUAGGCAAUAAAUGCGACCUAGAAAGCCUGAGAGAGGUAGAAAGGAGUGAAGCCGAGGCCCUAUGUACAUACAUUCCUGAAGUAUUACAUGUCAUCGAAACAUCAGCCAAAGAUAAUAUUAAUGUAGACACAAUAUUCUUCACUAUAGCGUCAGAACUCAAAAAACGACACGAAAAUCGCCAGCUGGAAUCGAAAGACGAGGAAGUAGUGAAACUGGGUGACAGUAAAACUCUCACCUCGUGCUCCAGCUGCUCGUAAGAUCCCACGUGAGCCCCUCCAUCUUCAUAUUCUAGUAUUUAUUGAAUACAGAAUUAAUUUAUUGAAAAUAACUCCACUGAUUCUAAACUCUCUCAGAGUUUUGGGAUUUUCGAAGUUCAACUGAAUGCAAUACCACAAACGUGCAUCGAUUCAAUCAAUUAAUGGGAUUGAUCGAUCGUUAAAAUUAAUUAAUACUCUUGACAAUUGAGUCUAGAAUUCUCAACUCAUUAUUUUGAAGCCUCAUUAGAUUUAGUUAUUAAUUUCAUCAAUAUAUUUUUAUUUAUUUAUUUUAUUGGUGCGUCUAUGAAGAUAAAUCGUUCAAACUUUAAGUGAAAUUGAAAAAAGCAUUUCAGAGGAAUUUACCCGGAAUAUCUGGAAAACAGCACAAAAAUGUAAUUACACAUUAGAAUCUCCACUUGUUCUAAUUACUGUCCCGAGAAAUUGCGCAGAGCUAAAAAAGAAAUUGCUGAUUCAUUGAAUUCAGUUAACACUAUGAAUUAAACAUCCAGAUGUCUCUAUCAGUGUGGACAAAGGUAGAACAUUAUUGUGACAUAAAUUUCUUGCAUUCAACAAAGUUUGACACGAUGACCUGAUAGCAAUGACAAUACUCGCUACUCGAUUCUAUCAAUAUCGUUCGGAUAUUUCUUUGAAUUUAUGAUCUGCUGUGAGUUGUGAGAUUGUAUAUUUUUGUAGUUAUUUCUAUAUAUUUUUAACCCUUAUUGACCUUUGAGAUUAUACAUACAGAGGAGGUAAAAAAAUGACAGGGACAAAAUCAGCCGGUUUCAAUGGUUGAUAUUUCACGAUUGGCUGAGUGAAAUUCGACAAUCUUUCUUCCAUUUACAACAUAGUUUUUAUACUUUAAAAUGAGUGAUGACUCACAAAAAUCGCAUCGUGGAUUCUGAAAAUAUUAAAAAUUGAAAAAUGUUGAUUUUUUCCCAGACUAUGGCAUAACGGCUAUUCUACAGACACUAAUGUUAACUAAUGAACGAAUGAGCGAAUAACCCUCCAAAUUAGAUAAAAUAAAUUUUUAGAAGCUAAUAACAAUUGUAAAGUAGCGUCCUCGAUCUGUGGAGCAACAUACCAAUAUUUUUAUAAACCUGUUUGAGAAAGAAAAAAACGAGAGAUUUUAUGAGAGAAAAUUUAUUUAACAUUCUACGACAAUUGAAUAAACAAAUAGAAACAA